GCGAGAUUUCUCUUCGAGGUCGCAGCUUAGGGAAUGCCGGGAGGGACGGCCACGGUGAUGCGUGUAGAAGAGCAACUGGCAAGCACAGGAUACACUGUCACAAUACUUCUCCGAGCGUACGUAGACGAGGACUUGACGGCGAGUGAGUGCAGACAACGAGCUAGGGAUUUGAUCCACGAGCGUAGAGGUGAUGUACUGGCGCGAGUGACCUUCCAGACCUCGAUUUCCUAUGAUGUGAUGAUAUGGUCUCAUGGUUAUAUGCGCGCGGAGCACUACCACGAUGAGACGGUAGCAGAGGCUAGAGCGAGGAGAUCGGACCGAGACGGAUAUAGGGACGACAUAUACGAGAGGUCGGGUCGAGAUGGCUACAGAGGUGGUAGGUAUGAAAGAGGAGAUAGGGAUUGGGAACGACGAGAUGGGUCGCGCGGACGGUUUGAGCGCGGGGGAGAUGCGAGAGAGCAGCGCGACGAGUCGCGGGGGUGGUACAACCGAGGGGACCGACGCGAUGAGUCACGAGGGCGAUAUGACUCGGGGGACCGCCGGAAUGAUUCGCGAGGGCGGUAUGAGCAAGGAGGGUCUGGAGGGGACCGGCGCAACGAUUCGCGCGGACGGAAUGAGAGAGGGGGAUAUGGCAUCUCAUCAGAACCAUAUCCUAAGUUGCCUGACCCCAAGGCGGCCAGGAGUUCGAUCUCUAGAGGUGCAGACGACAGGCCAUCUACUCCCAGAAACUCAUGCAUCUACUGUAGAGGAGAAGAUCAUAUCAAGAGGGAUUGCCCGGACCUCAAACGGGCAAUAGAUGAGGGACUUGUCAUGCUUGACGACCGCAAGUACGUCAAGUGGGCAGAUGAUCUGGGAGAUAUAUCGAUGUUUCCUUUGAUGAAGGAGAAUGUCGAAGCAAGGAGAAUAAAGACGAGUAAGGGAAUGGAGCCGGUCAGGAGCCAGAGCAUCAAGAUAAUCUUUGAGGGGGAUAUCGCGACCACACCCAUAAGGGUGGCAGCCACCAAGUCGGCAAGAGGAUCUACAUCGAAGAAGACUGACACGGACUACGUGAUAACGGAGAAGGACGGGCAGCGAGUCGAUGGAGAAGAGGUUAUCCUUUCGCCGCGAAAGAGGGGAGUGAAGAAGUUCUUAAUGAAGAGUUCGCAGGACGAGAUUGACACGGUUGAGCUACUGAGGCAGGCCCUCCGACAACCAAUGCAGUGUUCUAUUCUGGAGUACCUGGCGGCAUCGAAGCCGGCUCGUGAUGAAUUACAGAUGAUCACGCGGAAGGCUCGCAUACCUCUAUCAGAGGAGGGUCAGGGGGCUCCUAAAGCGGAAGCUUCUACAGUGGCGGUAACGGGGGUGACUGCUAGAGCGGAUCGCAUGGCGACAGUCCUUCUCGAUGAGAUGGAAGGUGUGCCUCCAAACAAGUUUUACAUACUUGAUAGCGGGGCCGUAGAGACGAUUAUAAACGACGGAGCGAUACUCGAUGCUGUGAUUGAUAACGGCAGUGAGGCUGUCAUCAUAGACGAGGACCUGGNAAAAUGGACUACGUACAAGGAGAACCUCGUUGAGCUUUACAAAUUGGAGGAUAACAAGUAUUCCAUCAAGGACCUUGAAACAAUGACUCAAGAUGAAGAUGAGAGCGUACGGGCAUUUGGGAUGCGUUUCCAAAAGAUCUCCGACRUGCUGAUGAAGAAGGGGAAAAUCUCAGAGGUCGAGCGCUGUACUAUCUUCAUCGGACACUUGUCCAAAGGUAGGCAAAACAGUAUACUUAGAGAUCUUCCGCGCGACACGCUUGAUUUUCCGGAAGUCCUAAAGCUCGCGAUAAAGGCAGAGGCAGACGAUUACAAAGACUUGGUGUGGAAAGGGAUGAGGAGACGUGAUUUCUCUCUCUACAAGGAGUAUGCCACUGAUAGAUGUCCUGAUUUCAAGGACUAUCCCUGGUCGGAGAAGAAUGAGGCCGUGGCAGAGGAAGUGAAGGAGAUACGGGACAUGGUGAAGGGAUUAACGAGACAGGUUACAGAGAUUGUGACCGCCACAGGGGCCACGGCCAACCGGGAUAAACCUGGAGGGCCCUAUUCACUUCGCUGGGAUUGUAGGAACAACGAUCCCCGGAGGAGUGUCGAGGAUAAAAAUCCUCGGACGCUGACUGAUUAUCGUACGAGGGGAAGAGAGAGAGACGAUGAAUCAUGGCGACGUAGGGACGAUGAGAUAGAUCGAGACCGCAGAGAACGCGAGCUGUUCGUGCGAACAAAGAGGCUAGAUGAUUACCAGCGGAGCCCUCGCUAUGAGGCCGAACAGAGUAGAGAUGACUCCCGCGGCCGGUGGGAGACGGAACAAGGCCGACGAGAUGGAUAUAGGGACGGCAGAUACGAGAGAUCGGACCGAGACGGAUAUAGGGACGACAGAUACGAGAGGUCGGGUCGAGAUGGCUACAGAGGUGGUAGGUAUGAAAGAGGAGAUAGGGAUUGGGAACGACGAGAUGGGUCGCGCGGACGGUUUGAGCGCGGGGGAGAUGCGAGAGAGCAGCGCGACGAGUCGCGGGGGUGGUACAACCGAGGGGACCAACGCGAUGAGUCACGAGGGCGAUAUGACUCGGGGGACCGCCGGAAUGAUUCGCGAGGGCGGUAUGAGCAAGGAGGGUCUGGAGGGGACCGACGCAACGAUUCGCGCGGACGGAAUGAGAGAGGGGGAUAUGGCAUCUCAUCAGAACCAUAUCCUAAGUUGCCUGACCCCAAGGCGGUCAGGAGUUCGAUCUCUAGAGGCGCAGACGACAGGCCAUCUACUCCUAGGAACUCAUGCGUCUACUGUAGAGGAGAAGAUCAUAUCAAGAGGAAUUGCCCGGACCUCAAACAGGCAAUAGAUGAGGGACUUGUCGUGCUUGACGACCGCAAGUACGUCAAGUGGGCAGAUGAUCUGGGAGAUGUAUCGAUGUUUCCUUCGAUGAAGGAGAAUGUCGAAGCAAGGAGAAUAAAGACGAGUAAGGGAAUGGAGCCGGUCAGGAGCCAGAGCAUCAAGAUAAUCUUUGAGGGGGAUAUCGCGACCACACCCAUAAGGAAGGAUGCUGAAGGGAAGGAAAGACCGUUAAGAUUUGAGAGUAGGACACUUAAUACGGCUGAGCGUAACUACAGUCAAUUCAAGAAGGAAGUGUUAGCUGUUCUCCGGUGUCUAGACACGUUCAGACACUAUAUCUAUGGGCGACGGUUCAUCUUGAGAGUAGACCCCACCGCGGUUGCUUCUGCCCUCUAGAAGGACUUUAGUCUGACGGACCCGACCAUCGCCCGAUGGUUAAUACGGAUUC